UCAUUUAAUUAAAAGUGAAUUACUUCCAGUAUGAAAAAAAUAAUAUUUGUCUGUUUAAUUUUUGCGAUUGCACCACUUCAGUGCGUUUCGCAAUAUACAAAUGGUAAAUGUGUUGAAAAUUCAGAGUAUCAUUCUUGCAAGGGAUGUUGUCCAGAGCCAAGUUGUAUUAGGGAGAAGGAUCCACUAUGUAGAUAUUGUCUCUUAAUUUGUUAUAGGGGCUGUACUUGCAAAGAAGGCUAUAUUAGACAGUAUGAUGACGGUCCUUGUAUACCCAUAAACGAUUGCUAAAAUAAUCUUUUACUACAUAAUCCAUAUUUUUGGUUAGGCUUUCUCAAUAAAGGAACUGUUAUUGAA